AUGACAAUACUCAUCCUCCGUCCCGCAUUCAAACAUCCUCUCCGCCACAUCCAACGGCGCUUCCAAUCCUCACCCCCUAAAAAAGACCCCGUUCCCGUACCCGCCACCGUCGCCCCCCUGCCGUUAUGGCAGCGCCUCGGCCCUUUGACAACAGCUGUGCAGGCUUAUGCGCGUGCGCAGAAUAAGAGUCCGUAUAAGACGCAGGUUGCUACUGCGGUGGUGAUUUACAUCGCGGGGGAUUUGAGUGCGCAGUAUGUUAGUGGCAAUGAGUAUGAUCCUGUGAGGACGUUGAGGAAUGCGGUUAUUGGGUGUGUUGCUGCUAUACCGAAUUAUAAGUGGUUCAUGUUUCUUUCACAUAACUUCAACUACUCCUCCCGUCUUCUCUCCCUCGCCACAAAAGUAACCGUUGGCCAAGCCGUCUUCACCCCAAUAUUCAACACAUACUUCUUCGGCGCCCAAGCCCUGCUCUCCGGGUGUGACAUCCCCGGCACAAUCGAGCGUGUCAAAGACACAGUACCAACCAGCAUCAUUAAUUCCUGCAAAUUAUGGCCCAUGGUCACGGCAUUUAGUUUUUCGUUUUUGUCGAUUGGGUGGCGGCCUUUGUUCCAUGGUGUUGUGGCGGUUGGGUGGCAGACGUAUCUGAGCUUCUUGAAUAGGAUGGCUGAGGUUAAGGAGAGGGAGAGGCAUGCUAGGGAGGGCAAGAUGGAGGUUGGAGAGAGGGUUGGGUAUGCUGUUGCUGAGGCUGCCUAA